UCAUUACGAUGGAGCGCUCGGGUUUCAUUGUGUUAGCCCUUGUGAGCUUUGUGACAGCAUCGCCUUACGGAUAUGGCGCGAAAAGUGGAGCAAUAGCCAAAGCUGAAGCAAGUGCAGCUGCUGGUGCAUUUGGUAUUCCGCCUGCGAUUCCACUCAAUAUACCUAAUAGUUCUGGAUAUUCUGGAAGCUUCUCGAAGUCCUCAUCUUCAAGUUUCGCUUCAUCAAGUGCCAGUGCCAGUUCGAGCGCUAGUUCAUUUAGUUUCAGCGGAUCUGGAGCUAAUGUUAUUCCUGGUCUAUCUGGAUGCCCCGGCACUUGUAACGGCGCGGGUGGUAAAAAUGAAUUAGGUUCCACUCAAGGAUCGAAUGGUGGAUCACAAGCCAAUAAUGUUAACAGUGCUUCUGCUGGUGCAAACGCAGUUGCAAAUGGGCCUACAGGUUAUGGUGUAAAUGGGCCAUGCACGGGAACUAACUGCAAUAACGGCUCUGACAAUAAAUGUACAAAUGGAAAUUGUGAUAUCAACGGUAAUGGAAAUGGAAACGGAAAUAUCCCCGACAAGCAACCCUCAUAUUCAGGUUCUUCCGUAAAUUCUGAACAAGACACCAACCUAUCUAAUGAUUUUAAUGUAAAUAUUGCGAGAAAGCCUCAACAGAAUUUACAAUCUGGCUCAAAUUCAAGACCAGAAAAUGGACAACCAUCAGAUAAAAAAUCAUUUGUUCCAAUUGAUACUUCUGAUAAGAAAAAUAACAAUGGUAAUAAAAAUGAACCAGACUGUGAGUCACCUGACUGUGAUGGGUUCAUUCCACAUUCAAGUACAUCAAACAAUGGCAAUACACAAAAUCCUAAUAAACCAUCCUCAUAUCUGCAAACUCCAUAUAAGGAAAACGAGUGUAAAACCCAUGAUUGUAUUUCAGGAAAUUUUAAUUCGAAUUCAGGCAGUGCUAAACCAUCCAGUUAUAAUGUCCCUAUAUUUGGGGUUGAUAAUAAUAAUUAUCAUAAGCCAACCCAAAAUUGUAUCAAUGGGCAAUGUCAGCCACACAACGGUCAGAAUCCACAACAAACUAUCAGUAAUCCGUCUUUUCCUACUAGUGGACAAAGCAGCCCAAGUUGUACUUCAGGUAACUGUGGAAAUCCAUUAAACCAGCCAAACGGACCAUACAAUCCUUCCUUCCAAUCUUAUCAUCCUACGUCACCCGAAGCAAAACCUACCAUCGAAUCUAAUGGGUUAAAAGGACCACAUUCGUCCCACCAGCCUAGUGUUCCUUCUUAUCAGCCCACUGGUUCAACCGCACCUGAGUCUGGUAGUCUAACUAGUCCUCAUGAAUAUCAUUCUUAUCAGCCUGGCAGUCCAAAUGGAGCGCACGUUACUCCUUCUUAUCAGCCGAGUGGUCCUGCAAAUGGACCUAAUGUUAACCCUUCCUAUCAUCCCAAUGGGCCUACUUCGACACAAGUAAAUCCUUCUUUCCAGCCUAAUAUGCCCAACGGUAACCAUGGUUACAAUCCUAGCGGUUCAUCUUAUUUCAAUUCUAAGCCCUCCUUCUCACCUAGUGGUCCGACUGAACCCAAUGCAAAUUCUGCAUAUCACCCUAGUGAUUCAGCUGCCCUUAAUUCUAAUCCCUCUUUACAACCUAGUGGUCCGACUGGAACCAAUGGAAGUCCUGCCUAUCAGCCCAGCGGUUCUGUAACUCCAGGUUCUAAUCCCUCUUUCUUACCUAGUGGUCCAUCUGGAAUCAAUGGUAGCCCUGCAUAUCACCCCAGUGGUUCCGCUGUCCCUAAUUCUAUUCCUGCUUUUACGUCGACUGGUCAGACUGGCAGCAAUUCUAAUCCUUCUUUCCUACCUACCGGUUUGAUGGGACCUAAUGCUAACCCUGCCUAUCAUCCUAGCAGUCCUAUUGCUCCUCACUCAAAUCCUUCUUUUCUACCAAGUGGACCAAAUUCCAACCCCUCUUUCCCCCCACAUAAUCAUGCUGGAUCCGUACCUAACCCAACCGUACCUAAUGGGCAGACUGAAUCUAAUGGAAAACCUUACUACAAACCCAACGGCUCCAAUUAUGCUCCAACGAAUACUAACAAUAAUCAAGGUCAUAUUUCUGGAUACGUUAAACCAGAUUCAUCCUUAAUAUCCACGAACAAAGGCAACGAAAUCUACACUGGAGGCUUUGGUGGCCCUAGUGGUAUUCUCAGCACGAAUAAUGGCCCACUUCAAUCAAAUGUAGCAAAACCUGGUCAAUCUCCUAAUGGAACUCCUUCAAAUAUUGGACCUACUACUGGACAUCCAUCCACACAAGAUUCUUCAAGUGAUAAAGAUAAACCUGUUUAUACCGGCGGAUUUGGUGGGCCAGUGGGAUUAUUGAAACCGAAUGAGCACACAAUCCCAUCUAAUGUUAAAACACCUGCGUGUUCAUCAGGUAAUUGUGGCACAAAUGUGAAUGGUGGACUGGCGGUUGCAAAUGCGGUUGCGAAAGCAGACGCAGUAGCAUAUUCAGGUGGUUUUGGUGGUCCUCCAGGACUUUUAAAAGCUUAUGAUGGCGGUAAAAUUGACGGCAAACUGGGACAAAAUUUAAACGGCAAAAAUGCCAAUGGACAAAAUGAUCAAAAUGGGAUAGCCUCACAACCUCAGAAUUCAAAUGCAGUGCCGGCCGGGGCACAGGCUAACGCUGUAGCAUCUGCGUCUGCUGUUGCAGUUGCUGGCGGUUAUGGCCAGCCAGGAGGAUGUAACAGUGGCUGUUCUAAUAAUAAUAAUAACAACACCACGGGCCCUGGAGAAAAUGGAGACAAACACGCAAAUAAGCACGGGGGACAUGUAGCUAACGCAGCUGCUUCAGCUAGAAGUGUUGCUGGUGCUUAUGCGCAAGGAGGAAGUAUUGCCUCCGCUAGUGCUCACGCUGCUGCUGGUGUUAAAGGAGGUCAUGCAUGGAGAUAAAAAGACUGACUCGGAAGAAAUUACUGCGGAAUUUGAAGCAUGUUGUUUUUAAAGUUGUUGGAAUGCUAGGACAAACGAUAGAUGUGAUAUAAUGUAUGAAAUAGUAUUAAUUAAAAGUAGUACAAAAA